GUGGCCGCAGAGCGGUGGAGGCUGGGGGCGGGGCCGCCUGGGGGAUGCAGCGGGGGCGCUCGGCUUUCCGGCUUCACUCACAGCUGCCCGGCGUCGGGCGGAGAAUUGCUCUGCCUCAGGACCGGCGUGCAGACCUCUGACCCUGGAGUCACUGGGCGGCCAGGAACCGUUCCCUUAGGUCGUCGCCUGGGCCGCCCGCCGUUCCCCGCCCCCGUGGGCCCCGGCCGGCCGCUGCUGUGGGAGAGGUCAGCAUGAGCCGGGGGGUCCUCCGGGCCGGCGCCGGGCAGGGGGCGGCGGCGGCCGCGUUGCAGCUGCUGGUCACGCUGAGCUUGCUCCCGAGCGUCGUCGAGGGCCAGGUUGCUGGAGUUCUGGAUGAUUGCUUGUGUGAUAUUGACAGCAUCGAUAACUUCAAUACCUUCAAAAUCUUCCCCAAAAUAAAAAAAUUGCAAGAGCGAGACUAUUUCCGUUAUUACAAGGUUAAUCUGAAGCGACCUUGCCCUUUCUGGGCGGAAGAUGGCCACUGUUCGAUAAAAGACUGUCAUGUUGAGCCCUGUCCAGAGAGUAAAAUUCCGGUUGGAAUAAAAGCUGGGCAUUCCAAUAAGUACUUGAAAGUGACAAAUAAUACCAAAGAAUUAGAAGACUGUGAGCAAGCUAAUAAACUGGGAGCAAUUAACAGCACAUUAAGUAAUCAAAGCAAAGAAGCUUUCAUUGACUGGGCAAGAUAUGAUGAUUCACAGGAUCACUUUUGUGAACUUGAUGAUGAGAGAUCUCCAGCUGCUCAAUAUGUAGACCUACUGCUGAAUCCAGAGCGCUACACUGGCUAUAAAGGGACCUCUGCUUGGAGAGUGUGGAACAGCAUCUAUGAGGAAAACUGUUUCAAGCCUCGAUCUGUUUAUCGUCCUUUAAAUCCUCUGGCACCCAGCCGAGGAGAAUCAUUCUAUACAUGGCUCGAAGGUUUGUGUCUGGAGAAGAGAGUCUUCUAUAAGCUUAUAUCAGGACUUCAUGCUAGUAUCAAUUUACAUCUAUGUGCAAAUUAUCUUUUGGAAGAAACCUGGGGUAAACCUAGCUGGGGACCUAAUAUCAAAGAAUUUAAGCGCCGCUUCGACCCUUUGGAAACCAAAGGAGAAGGCCCAAGAAGGCUGAAGAAUCUGUACUUUUUAUACUUGAUUGAACUUCGAGCUCUGUCAAAAGUGGCUCCAUAUUUUGAGCGCUCGAUUGUCGACCUUUACACUGGAAAUUCACAAGAAGAUGUUGACACAAAAACCCUUCUACUGGACAUCUUUCAGGAUACAAAGUCCUUCCCUAUGCAUUUUGAUGAGAAAUCCAUGUUCGCGGGUGACAAAAAAGGGGCCAAAUCAUUAAAGGAGGAAUUCCGGUUACAUUUCAAGAACAUCUCCCGCAUAAUGGACUGUGUUGGAUGUGACAAAUGCAGACUGUGGGGGAAACUACAGACUCAGGGUUUAGGAACUGCCCUGAAGAUAUUAUUCUCCGAAAAAGAAAUCCAAAAGCUUCCAGAGCAUAGUCCAUCUAAAGGAUUCCAACUCACCCGACAAGAAAUAGUUGCUCUUUUAAAUGCUUUUGGAAGGCUUUCUACAAGUAUAAGAGAGUUACAGAAUUUUAAAGUCUUAGUACAACACAGUAGGUAAUAAAUGUCUAACUAGAAACAUAAAAUGACUUUGUAAAGCCUUCUAAUCUUGGACAUUCAGCAGAAAGAGACUUAUCUCCUAAUUCAAGAAUUGUGAACUCAAAAAAUGCUCACUUGAACAUUUAUGAUUCUUCACAGAUUAUCAAUUAGAAAUAUUUAUAAGUGAAAUAUAUACUUUCAAACUAUGUAAGUUAUACUAAUUGUGUUUAAUUUCUUGCAUUUUCAUCUGUUGAAUAUUGUUUGUUUAGAAUUACUUUUGUUUUUAUUCUGUUAUCCUUUAUAUUUCCAGUUGUCAAAACUUAAAUAACUGUAUCUCCAUUAUGGAGGAGAAGCAGGAACAAAUGUUGCUCAGGGGCUGGUAUCAGUGACAAAAACUUAUCAAUGAUUUCCUAAUGUGUUUUUAGUCUUGCUCUGCCCUCCGUGUCACCGUCUAUCACAUGGAACUGUCACUGUGAUAAAUGGCCCUUUCAAUGAACAGUUAGAGAAAUUCCUUAAGAUUCUCUAAGACUUUAAUUAGUUUUUAUUUUAAGAUUUUUAGUUGUUGCUGUUUUGUUUUCCAUCUGAAAGACCUGCUCUGGUAAGGUGAGCAGGUGCUCUUCCCUCUGCUACCCAGCCAGAUUUCAGGUGUGUGUAGUGGGCUGGGUCAAGAGUAUUUUACUUAGAACCUUCUUUUGAUUUUGCUUUUCUUUGUUCCUAGAUAUUUUAGGGAAAAUGAAAUUUGCAGAUACUUUUAGAAAAAAAAUUGAUAACAGGUAACUUCUCAAUAAAAUUUGAAUUUUAUGAGUUUUACCAUGAAUUUAUAAUGCCAAUUAAGAGCAUUAUAUACAAAAAUUUGCUAUUUGAAAUGAAAGCAUUUUUAUAGGAUUUAAUUUUAGGAUGCAGUCUAUGCAAUCCUCAGUGUGAUUUUCUUUCGUAGAAUACAGAAGCAGGUAGAUUAAGUCAAGCCUCCUUUAAGUGCUCCCCCCCAAAACCUACUUUUUUCAUUUUAGUUCAUUGUAUGUAAGUAGCAUUUUGUGUGAUUCUUACCAACAAACAGUUAAUAAGUCCUACACUGCUAUUUUCUAAAGCUGGGAUUUAAAAUCUUAAAACAGUAUUUAAAAUCUGUAUUCUUGAAAAAGAUGUGGAUAGAAUGAUUAAUUUGGAAGGUUGCAUCUCUGUAGAAGUGGUCUGAGUACAAAAUCUAAAGUUUCUCCUUAGAUUCUGCAGUCUCUCGUGAAGUAAAUACGUGCUCUUAUCCCUACCUUGAAAUGUGUUCAUUGAGAAUUUUAAAUUAUAUUUUAGUUAGCUCACCCUACUUCUAAAAAUACUUAGCCAUCCCUUGGCGAGCUAUGGUUGAGGAGUAAGGUCUCACUAGAGUUAUUUUCUCACUCAUUUCUAACCUUUAUAAAGACUGGCUUGAUUGGAGCCUCUGCAACUUUUUUUCUUUUUCAGAUUUGCAAGUAUGGGGAGGGGAGGGACCUUAAUGUAAACUGUCUAAAAGGUGACUAAAUAAUUUCACUAAUAAAUUAACAAUAAUUAUUCUUAACUUAGUGUUCAGUUUGAGAAAAUGCAAAAAUUCUGCACUUUAUUAUUACUGUAAAUUUAAAGAUCUUUUUGGUAGUGUUGCUCUGCUAUUCCCUCAUAAAGUCUAUUAUUUAAACUCUUUACUAGAGAAAAUCCUUGGUAUUUCCAUUUAUUGCUUUUUUCUGUGAUUUGCAUUUAAUCUUUGGAAAAAUGGAGUAUGUUCUAGGAGAUUAAAAGACCUAGUUGGGAUAAAGAGUUCUUUUCAAAGCUUUUAAUAAAACUUUUUCAUGAUUAAGAAAAUAAAUGAAUUUCAGCCGAAGAAUACUUCAUUUAUGUAUUUGUUUUACCAUACGUUAGAUUGUGGGGAGGCAACCAUUUUUUUCCUUUUAUUAAUUCACUAUACUAACAAGCGGGCAGUCUACAUUUUUUUUUUUUUUUUUAUUGUUGGGGAUUCAUUGAGGGUACAAUAAGCCAGUUACACUGAUUGCAAUUGUUAGGUAAAGUCCCUCUCAGUCUACAUUUUUUUAAUGUGUGUGUUUCUUAAAUAACAGUAUGAAUGUGGUGACUUUUUCAUGGUCCUUGUGAUAUGAACUAUUUUUCAUAGUUCACAUACUUUUUGUUGUGAAGUGAUACUAGACUCUUAUUUGCAUUGUGAAAAUGCUUAGCUGGUGAAUUCUUCCUGGCCUUUUGUUUUUAUUUUAAAAAUCUAGCACUUGAUUAUAUGAUCGACAGAAAUGAUUGUACCAGCUGAUAAAGCAAUGAAAAUGAAGAAAAGGAAAAUUCUCCUUCCUUCAAUGGCAUGAGUUUAUUUUUUUAAAGUGGCAUUUAUGUAAAUUAGACAUUCUAUAUUAAAAUCGGUUAAGUUUGAAAGUUUCUGUUUCAAUUCUUAGAUUAUGAAAAAGAUCUGACAGAAUAGUAAUAGAUUUCAGUUUUGAAAUGUGGUAAGUCUUUAUUUUAACAUUGUGAUUCACUGUUUGUAAUCUCUGUAUGUAUAUGAAAACACUGUGCCAUGUUUUUUGACUUUGCCUAGGUGCCAUUCAUUUUAUAUAAGAAAGGACAGCUAUUUUGAUCUUCAUCAGCAUUGCCUUCAGCUGGAAAUUUGGGAACAGUUCACAGUAAACCUCUCAGCAGUUUACAAACCGAAGUACCUGCAGAAACCAUAGGUAUUCACCAAAAUGCACAGAUUAGGUACAUGGUUAUCAUGGAAAUUAUCUGGUAAAAAACAGACACAAAACUACGUGUACCCUAUUUUAAUUAAUAUCUCUACAGGUACAGCUUUGAUUUUUGAACAGAAUUUCAAACAAUCUACUGUUGUGCCCACCAGAAGCUAGAAAAUGUGAAUUAAAGCACAUGUUUCUGC